GGUAACAAGAUCCUAGAUUAUUCACUAAAUCAAAAUGCUGUGUCUAUUGGUUCAAGCAAUUUAUAUCAAUCUUACUAUGCAUGCCUAACUGAUGCACCAGAAAGUACAGUUAUCGAGUAUGGUAAGACGCAAGCAAAUACUAACUAUGGUGAUAAUUAUCUAACAAUAAUCGAUCGUACAAAUCCGAUCCAUGCUCGAUUUUAUACGUUUGGAAAUGGGGAACAUGAUGCUGCAAUCAUGGAUAUACAAGUUAUGCCACGUUCUGGUUUGAUACAAGAAUGUAAAGGAGGUACCGUGCUAGAUGCAGCUGGACAUUUUUGUGUAAGAAAACCAUGCCAUCAAGCUUGUGAUGAAAGAGGAGGUAAUCUUUAUAUAUGUUUCUUCUUAUUAAUACAAAUUUUAAAAUAUUAAAAAUACAGGAAUAAAAGGAGAUUGAAGGCAUAGACAGCGGAUCAAAUACGUAUGUUAGAUCUAUACACUAGAACAACGUUAUUGGUAAUACAAUAUAAUUAUGUGGGUCAUUCGUCCAACAAGCUAUUUCCGAUUCGAAUGCCCAUGCACAGACAACUGCAUGAAAAUGAGGCUUCACGCAAAAAUGUUAUUUUCUGUAGCAUAUUAGCAUCAAGCCUUGAUCUGGCGUUAUGGUUCUUGACAAGCAAAUCGUAAUUCUAAAGUGGUCUAUAAAGUUGCAGUAUUUAACAAUUAUAGCAUGAGCUAGAGCCAUCAGUCAUGGCUCUCAGCCAUUAUUUCUACAAACUAGAAAAUACAUGCAUGCACAAACCCCUCGCCUUGCUGACAAAACCAUUGUAUAUACGAACAUGAAGAUUUAUAAAAGUAAUCGUCAUGGUAACACGAUAAUUUUGUUAAGAAUAUUUCUACAAAUGACACAAAUAAAAAUCCCCUAAAAAUGUCACUUUUAUUACAAAAUUAUCAAUUCCCCAAACAUUACGUUUUCGUACAGUGGGACAGAUGCUGUGUGAUUCGAUGAAAGCUGCGAAAUUCGUUUCUUUAUGGACUGUGGUAUCUGUCUAAUGAUUGAUGGAGGGUGCAUCGUUGGAAAAGAGUGUAAAUUACUAUUUCUUAGAUCCUGUUUCUUUUUAGGUUGUCGUGCACCAGCAGGAAAUACACCGCUACCAUCUGAAUGUUAUUCGUGCAAGUAUGCAAAAAAUGGUCAAGACUGCGUAUUGGAAUGUCCGUCUGGUAUGCUACCAAAUAAAAACAAAAAAUGCCGUC